ACAACAUUUUUUCGAUGGAUCAGCAAUGGUCCCCUUGGAACGAGCUGUCAAGAAGGACCGCGAGGUUAAUUAUUCAAAAUUGAUUUAAAAAUCCAGUUUAAACUCUUUGUGGUCGUACAAAGGGUCAUUGUACUCAGAAAAAUAAGCUUUAUCGCUGUAAACAAUAAUAUCAGAAAUAUAAGCUUCAUUUUAGGACCCAAUUGGUACGAAUUGGAUAAUUAUUGCAGUUUCCACAGGUAAAAACUGAAACAGUUGCUUUUCUCCAUAUAUUUUGACGAUUUUCCCAUAAAAAACUUCAAGGGCUUAGAAGGAGCGGUUCUCGUGGUAAGAAUGAGCUCAAAUUUGGAAUUUAGCCAAUCUUUGAUUUCAAAGGGUAGCCCCGAGGAAGCCCGGAUGUGGACCACCCUAGUAUGCAGUUUGCUUGUAAUUAUGAAGUAUCACAAUCCACAGCUUCCCUGCAUUAGCUGAUAAGAAGGAAACACUCAUUUCAAUUGCAUCAUUCUAGAAUACUCUCGUCUACCACUAGAAACAUGGAGUCCAACCGGCAUCAGCGCUUCAGGUGUCUGCUUUGUCCGGACACGGCAGUAUUUGACAACGAGACUAGCAUCAAUCUCCAUUCCGAUCAUCCAAAGCAGCCUCUAAUCUCGGACGAGCUCCUGCUGGCUCAGUUCGGUACAAAAGCCGAUGAACCUGAACACAACGAGAUCAACGUGUUCAACUGUCCGUACUGUGAUCGUCAACGACUCAGCAUCUCGACCUUGUACGAUCAUCUCACGCUGGAACAUCUGGAUGUUCCGUUUAGCGUUCGCUGUCCGGUUUGCGUCUGCUUUCGUGGCCAUGUUUCGAUCCCGAAUGGCGUACAUCUAACAAAACAUCUUGCAGAGAAGCACUGUUCUACACUUGAGCAAUACCAAGCCCACAUUACGUUCUACAAAAUGUACGGCGAUGGAGAAUGUGAAUUGUUACGUUUUGUUGCUUCUACAUUACCACCUACAUAUUGCGAGAACGGGGUUCCUAGAAAACAGUCUGCUGAAACAAAACCUUCUCAGCGUAUGUGCUCUAUUUGCUUGGAACUGGUGGGCGAGCACAACUGUCGGGAGCUGACCUGCAGACACAAAUUUCACGCGGGGUGCAUCGAUCCGUGGACGGCGCAAAACGCAACUUGCCCUGUGUGCAGAACCGCCGUAACGUAACGGAACGUGAUAAUCUACCGUCAGCUGGGGUGAAUCGGGAUUUUUUUGGUACAAUAUUUAGAUUUUGGAAUAUAUGUUUUUUUUUUUAC